AUGUCGGAAUUACCAUGCUCCAAAUGCCAUCAACCCGGCAAAUUUUAUUGUGAGCGUUGUUUGGAGCCCUACUGCAGUUCGGAUUGUCAAAUUGGUGAUUGGCAGGAACAUAAAACGAAAUGCUUUAAAAUUCCGUACAAUCUCAUACCCAUUGUAAAGGCCACCAGUACUCUGAGCCUUAGAAGCGAUACCUCAUUUCGACGUUCGUAUGGCGGGUCCAAGGAGAAUAUAAAUGAUACAAGGCGUAGCAACAAUAGCACAAGCUUUGGCGGCUCGAAGGCACGCAAUCCGAUAGAAUGUGGUGAAAACUGCACUGGGGCAAAACCCAAAAAACUUUUACAAGAUGGAGAUUUUACUCUGGUAACAAAAUCGGCUGCUGCUACUUCAACACCAAUCCCUACAUCUGUAGAUGUAACACCAACCCCACUUGGCAACAUUGCCAAUUUGGCAAUCUCAAAUCCCCCAGCAGCAGCAGUUAAUGUAGAGAAACCAGCUAAUUGGCGUAUGCAUUUUAUCCCACCCAAUGGUUACUUCGAUGCCAUUGUCCAAUUUGUUGAAGAAGUCGAACAUGCUAACAAACGCUUCUUAUGGGUAACCGACAUUAAAUAUGACGGACCCUUGCGGAAACUCUUGGCCGAAAUAAAUCGAAAUAUCAAUCAACAAGAACCCUGUAAGGCUGAGUUCAUAUGCCCGGGAGCAUUGGUGGCAGCUCCAUUGGGAAAAAUUCUAUACCGAGCAGAAGUUUUAGAUUGUUCCGCCCAGGCCCAGAAGGCAGAUGUACGUCUAAUCGAUUAUGGAAAUGAAUUGCGAGUUCCGUACAAUCAACUAUUUGCUCCCAUACCGAUAAUGAUAAAUCUGAAUGCCUACGCUUUUCGUGUUUGCUUGCGUGGUGAUUGUGGUCCAUUGGAUUUAGAGACGGUAUUGACGAUUAAAGUAGUUGGGCAAAAACAUUCCGAUGGCUAUUACAAUGUGGAAUGUAAAGAGAAGACCAUACCCAUGGAAUUGCCGGUGGAACUGCUAACAAAGGAGAAAUCAUUGACUGUUGUUAAAUACUUUGUUGAUGGCCGACAUGCCCUGUUACGUCUAAGUGGUAUUGCGGAACUUGCUUCCUUGGAUGAAGUUUUAAAUUCAGAACAAACAAUACAAUAUGAAUUUGAUAAAGUUCCCAGUGAGGGGACAUUUGUGGCCGCCCGCACUAAACAUGGUUGGAAACGUGCCCGUCUCUUGGCCUACUGGGAAAAGGGCCAUGAGUUCUUAAUUUACUCAAUUGAUGAGGGUUUCAUAGCACGUUCACCACAAAUCAAACGCAUACCCACCGCCUUCUUAUGUCAUCCAAUGCAAGUAUUUGCCGUCUCCACAAGUUCGGCAGAUUAUAUGCUAUCCGAAACAAUGUUGUCUACAGUUAAGAAAUUGUCGAUUCAAUUAUUGCCGGCGACUUCGGUAACUGCGGGAAAAGAUUCCAAGACCCAUUUGUCGUGUGCUCUAUUUGAGGAUGCACGAAAAAUUGUCGAUGUUGUCAUCGCUUCAGUUUUCACGGGGUGUAUUAAGGAAUUGGACAUUGAUUUGUGGUAUGAUAUACCCGGUCCUGGCUCAUUUGUAACUGUCAGCCAUGUUAUCACAUUUAAAGAGGUCUAUAUAGCCGCAUUGGAAAGUAGAGAUUACGAGAAAAUAUUUGAUACCGAACAGCUGAAAUGUGUUCCAUUCGAUAAUGGGGAUGAAUUGAAAAAGGGCACAGUUGUUUUUAUUCGCGAUCAACAGGGAAAUAACUAUCGUGGUCAGAUAAUCGACUGCGAAAACAAUAACUAUCGAAUUAAAAACGUUGACAAAGGUGGAGAAUAUAGUGUCGAUCUUAAAUGCCUCUAUAAGCCAACAAAUCUAAUCCGUUAUCUUCCUGUUCGCUGCGCACUAAUUAAACUCAUGUAUUUAUCAACGGUACCAACUCCAAUUGCCUAUAACAAAGCAUUAACGUCGCUGGAGAAAUGUAUGGAAAAUUCGGCAGAAUUUGAAGUUUUUGCUGAUAAGGAAAAUACUGGAAUUGAUUUGUUAUUCCGCACAAAAGAAAGACAAUCGCUUUGUAAAAAAUUAUUACCACUUGUAUUUGAUGCAGCCGAAGUGCCAUGCACAGUACCACUCUAUAAUAAUCCGACCACACAACCAGCUCCACCAGAAAUUCCAAAAAGAAUUGUGGUGAAUGAAAAUCCACCCGCUACACUUACCCCACCCAAUACUCCCAUUACAACGGAAUUGCCUACAGCAACUGCUGCUGCAGCAAUGUCACCAAAAAUUCUAACCCUUGAUGAUUUGGAAAUUAUACCCAUACAGUGUGGAGAAAAUGCUGAACUGUAUACCUUGGAUGCCACAUCAAUAGUGAAUUUGGAGGGACCCUAUAUAACAGCGGCUGACUUUAAUAACAAAACUUAUUUGAGGAAAUUGGAAGCCAGCCUGGCAUUAGUUGCUGAAUACUGUAAUAGUCCCAAAGCUCCCAAGGGUGGUUAUUCACCAAAAAAAAUGGAAUUAUGUUUAUCUGUAUUCGCUGAUGAUGGCCAAUGGUAUCGUGCCAUGUGUAUAGAUUCACAAAAUGACAUCUGUUUGGUAUUAUUCCUUGACUAUGGUAAUCUAUCCAAGGUAAACAAAAAAGAUAUCAUGCCAAUGAUACCGGAACUAAUGUUUCCCUCAAAUGCCAAUAUGGUUUAUAUUGAAGGUAUAAAAACCAAGGAACAAGCUUUGAAAUUUGCAAAAUCCUUGCAAUCGAAUCCCAUUAUUAAAGCCCACGUAACUCAUAUUCCAGAGAGUGAUGCAUACCUUGCCAAGGUACAUGAUUUGGAGAAAAUAAUCGCUUAA